AGAAAAACAAUUUAAAUAGGUAUACAAUGGCAGAAAAUAAGUGUGUGAGAAGUGAUAUGUAAAAGGAAGAUGCAUAGAUAUUUACUCAACAUUUCGUAUAUAGGCACGACUUUUCGUGGUAUACAGAAGACCAUAAACAAAUUGGAACAGCAGACUGUGGACACCAAUUCCGUGCAGGGCUGCUUGGAUCUGGCACUAAAAGUAUUCCAUCCCACCAACGAGAUACAGACGGUGCUGUCCAGUCGCACAGACGCGGGUGUUCAUGCUUUGCACUCGACGGUGCACGUGGAUCUGGAGCGCCGGAAUGGCCAACCCUACGAUACCACAACGCUGACGGGAGUUCUCAAUAGGACUUUGGACAAGCAGCGCCUACCCAUCCGGGUGCUCAGCAGCCAAGUGGUGCCAGAUACCUUCCACUGUCGCUACCACGCCAUAGGGAGGACCUACUUGUAUCGCUUUGCCGUCGCGCGUAAUCCCCUGUUCGACGACGGGAGGCUGCGUGACAAAGGAUUCGAGGCAUUUGUGCCCGUGGAGGAAAUCGAUCGAUGCCAUUUUUUGAUUGCCCCAACCUUCGACAUUCAACGCAUCCAACGCGCGGCUCGCAUGUUCAUCGGCGUGCACGACUUUCGCACAUUUAUGAGCGUCAGCCGGCAGAAGAGCCCCAGCCGUGACCAUCCCAUGUUUACCCUGCGCAAAAUCGACGAGCUUAAUAUACGUCCUGGACGCACGCUUGCCCUGCCCUCGAACGCCACUCUGGCUGCGGAAACCUACGACUAUUGGGACAUAGAGAUCAAGGGCAAAUCGUUUCUCUACAAGCAAGUGAGACGCAUUGUGGGGGCAUUGCUUGCGCUGGGCAGCGACCGCAUUGACGAGAAGUGCAUCUACCAAAUGCUGACCAUACCCUCUAAGCACUCCUGGGAUCCCCGAGUACUUCCAGCGCCAGCCUGCGGACUCUACCUUUGCCGUGUGCACUACAGAGAUACAACGGACAACUAAACUAAGCCCUAAUCAUGAUACUGCUGUAUGAGCUGCA